UCGAGAAAAAAAAGUCAAAAAUGGGCACAUCAAACUUAAAACUGAAUACAGGUCCACGUCUCCUUCGGUAGAGUUACGUCCCAACAACACCACGACGCGCUCGAACCCUUUGAUGUAACCGACACGUCAUUCUCCGUGCUAAAAUAGCCGUUUACGCUUCCUUUGGACUCGUCGUUAUUAAUUUCACAACCAACCAACCAACCAUGGCUGCCGCCGUGACCGAGAAAAUUAUGUCGCCGUCGCCUCCGCCCUCGCAACACAUGCAUCUGUCGCCUUCCACUUCCCGGCGUGGCCUUGACGCCGCCUCCGAUACUGAUGCUCUCGAUCGCCGCCCUUCCCUUGAUCUUUCCUCUGCUUCUUCCCCUAGCCCAACACGAUUAUCUGAUGCUCAGAAUCAGCUGUUUGUGAAGAGUGAAGAGUAUCGACAACUGUUCCGUUUACCGCCCGAUGAAGUCCUGGUUCAAGAUUUUAACUGUGCGCUGCAAGAGAGUUUUCUACUUCAGGGUCAUAUGUACCUCUUUGGCCAUUAUAUUUGCUUUUAUUCCAACCUCUUCGGCUUUGAGACAAAGAAAAUAAUACAUUUUCAUGAGAUCACGUCAGUACGAAGAGCUAAAGCUGCGGCCAUAUUCCCGACAGCAAUAGAAAUAGUAGCCGGAGAAAAGAAGUACUUUUUUACAUCUUUCCUGUCCCGAGAUGAAGCUUUUAAGCUUAUCAAUGAUGGUUGGCUACAACACAAUGGUGCAGCGGAAGAGUCUACAGAUCUGGAGCCAAAAUCUGAUCUAAACAGUCAAGAUAGUGGAAUACCAGAAGGAACAGAUAGUUUCAGGCAGGCUAUGGAAGGGGUAGAAUCCCUCGAAAGGAAUAAGGAUGAUACAGUACAGGAAGACUCAAAGCCCUUGGCCAAUGGCGAAUUUGAAAUUGUAUCAAAGCCUUUAGGAUUGCAGCGCAAUGUGGAAGAAAAAGCAGUUAUUGUUCAAAGUACUGAUUGCUCCUCUUCUGGGAGGUCCUCAGCUUUGAAGCAGGAGGAUUCAGAUGCACCUCGGGUCCCUGAAUGCUUUACACUUGUUGCAGAGGCCAAGUUUCCGGUUACGGUUGAGAAGUUCUUUGAACUCUUCAUUUCAGAUGACGGUAUUGCUUUUCAGGAGUCAUUCCGUAGAAAAUGUGGUGAUAAAGAUUUUAAGUGCACACAGUGGCGUCCUCAUGAAGAACUUGGGCACUCUCGUAAUUGGUCGUUUCAGCAUCCUAUUAAAUUCUAUUUAGGUGCAAAAUUUGGUGGCUGCCAUGAGGUACAGAACUAUCGUUUUUAUAGAAACAGUCACCUGGUGAUUGAGACAUCACAAGAAGUUAGUGAUGUUCCUUUUGCAGAUUAUUUUCGAGUGCAGGGUUUUUGGGAUGUGGAGAAGGAUCACGAUGAACCAGUAGGAGGCUGCAGUUUGAAGGUGUACGUAAAUGUGGCCUUUUCAAAGAAAACCAUGUUUAGAGGGAAGAUAGUGCAGUCUACUGUUGAUGAAUGUCGAGACGUGUAUGCAAUAUGGAUUGCCCUUGCACAUGAACUGUUGAAGCAAAAGAAGUUAGAGAAGGAAGAAGCCGGUGGUCAUGCUGCUAAUGUGGUAACAAGUGCUCAGCAGAAAGAAAGUUCUGAACAUGUGGAAAUAUUAGACGGGGCAAGUGAUGAAGUUAGGUCACAAACACUGCCACUCAACCAGCUAGCUGCUGAUUCCCUGCGGGGUAGUUGUAGCAGUACCGUCUCUGUUACUUCCUUGUGUAGAAAUUUCAUGGUUAAGUGUUCAUCAUCUUUCAAAUCUCAAAGCCAGGUUUCCAUUCUUAUAGUGAUCACCAUUGCUGUGAUCCUGCUCUUAAUGCAGAUGAGCAUACUCGUGUUAUUAGGUAGACCUCAGCACGUCCACGUGAUACCUCAAGGGGACUGCACAGGUAGCAUGUAUCGACUGGGAGAUAGGGGUAUAGACACACUAGCCUUUCUGGAUAAACAGAUUAGUCAUCUCAAAGAGGAGAUGGUUAUGGUCGAAACACUGCUCGGCAAAAUGCAGCAGGAGCAUACACUUCUAAACACGAAAUUGAAAGAGUUUGAGCGCCUACGGAAGCACCAGAAAGGAUAAACGAGCUGUGUACAUAGAUGCUGCUGCUUCUUUUCUUCCCUUCCUUAUUAUCUUCUUUUUGGGUGAAAGGCUUGUAUGUUGUACAUUUUUCUGAUUUUUCGACAUUCAUGUACAUUUUGAAUUAAUUACAUGGUUGCACUAUCUACAUAAAAUAGUAAAACAAGGUUACUGGACUGUUUAUAAA